AUGGUGAAGAACGAGGAUGACUAUGAUCAGAAGAAGGACGACGAUGACGAUGACGACAAGGCCCUGGCACACAAGAAGGGAGACGACGAUGAUGAUGACGAUGAAUCGGAGGGAGAGAAGAAGACCGGGCGGCGGGAGCGCAGGGGGCGCGACAAGCGGAAGAGGGACAGGGACAAAAGGAAGAAGGAGGGGAAGAAAUCUUCAGACAGCAGCAGCAAGAAGAAGGGAGACGUGGUUGAUGACAACAUCCUCGACAAGUGCGACGACCCGCACGAGGUCAUGGAGGUCUACGGCUGGCCGAUGCCUCUCCCCGACGAUGCGGGGAGGAUCCGAGCGUACAACGUGAGCGCUGCUACCCAGGAGUUCUGGGAGACGUACGAGGAGUACUUCAAGCCUGUGACGGAGGAUGCGGUGAAGUCGCUGCUCAAGGAGCCAGACCCCGAGAGCGACACAAGCUUCACCAUCCCCAAGCUCGGCAUGCCCUGGGCCCAGAGGCCAGGGAAGGAUGACGUGGAGGUGAAGGAGGAGGCCAUGGACGUGGACGGCGGUGGGAGGGGGGGGAUGGCGGGGAGCGGGAGGGCAGCAGGAAGCAAGAGGAAGGCGUCUGAGAUGUCGCCAAACGUUUCGGGAGGAGAUCAGCAGGAGAGCAUGGAGACGAAGCUGCAGACGCAGAAGAUGACGAUGCGCAUGCUCGCUUGCUUCCUCCACCAGGACGGAAUCCCCAGCAGCGCCGACACGGGAGGCACC